UCUCGCUCAGACCCUCCGUCCCCGUCUGGCAAGCAGGAGCGCAGGCUGGGGGACGCUGCCUGCGGCUGAGGGCAGCGGCGUGCCGCCCGCCCCACCACCCUGGCCCCCAAGCCUUUCGCCAUCAUCCCCCCACCUCCUCAGUGCCCCAAAAUGCAGCGCCGCCUUUGCGCCCUGCUCCUGCUGGCGUCCCAGUGCUUGGGCUCGGCCGCCGGGCUCUUCCCCUUCGGGGAGCCCGACUUCUCCUACAAGCGCUCCAACUGCAAGCCCAUCCCCGCUCCGAUGCUGCUGUGCCGGGGCAUCGAGUACCAGAGCAUGCGGCUGCCCAACCUGCUGGGGCAUGAGACCGUACAGGAGGUGCUGGAGCAGGCCUCCACUUGGAUCCCGCUGGUGCAGAAGCAGUGCCACCCCGACACCAGGAAGUUCCUCUGCUCCCUCUUUGCCCCCGUCUGCAUCGACGACCUGGACGAGAUCAUCCAGCCCUGCCACUCGCUCUGCGAGGAGGUGAAGGAGAGCUGCGCCCCGGUGAUGUCCGCCUUCGGCUUUCCCUGGCCCGAUAUGCUGGACUGCAGCCGCUUCCCCAAGGACAAUGACCUCUGCAUUCCGCUGGCCAGCAGCGACCACAUCCUCCCCGUCACCAGGGAAGCACCCAAGGUCUGCGAUGCUUGCAAAAGCAAAAAUGAAGACGAUAACGACAUUGUGGAAAACCUCUGCAAAAAUGACUUCGCCUUGAAGAUAAAAGUGAAGGAGAUUGCCUACAUCAAUGGGGAUACCAAGAUCACCCCCGAAACAAAGAGCAAAACCAUAUACAAGCUGAACGGGUUGACGGAAAGGGAUCUGAGGAAGAUUGUGCUCUGGCUCAAAGGUGGCCUCCAGUGUACCUGCGACGAGAUGAACGACAUCAAUGUCCCCUACUUGGUGAUGGGGCAAAAGCAAGCUGGGGAACUGGUUAUCACAUCUCUGAAGCGGUGGCAGAAAGGGCAGCGGGCUUUCAAGCGGUUCUCCCGCAGCAUCCGCAAACUCCAGUGUUAGUAGCUUCAGCUCGGGCCACCUCCAGCAGCUGCCCUUGUCCUGAGCUCUCCAGGCCUCCUGCACCUUCUUGCUUUGGCCUCUGAGCCUUGAGAUGCCGUGGGCAUGAGACAUGGUGACCGCUCUCCAAGGGGAGAGGGAGCCCUCCAUUUUUGUACAUAGGUUAAAAUGUAAUAAAAAAAGCCCACAUGACUAUUUUUAGGAAGCAUUAAAGUAUCUUGCUUAAAGCUUUUUUUUCCUCCCUCCCUUUUCUUUUUUUCCCCCUUUUUUUUUUUAUGGUUGCAAAUGUGACUGUAGCCAGAGGCUUUUCCCUCUUCAAUUUUGUUAAUGCUGGUUCAUUUAUAUUGCUGCUUCUCUGUAUACAUGCAUGUUUGUUGUACAAAAAUAGAAGAUGCAGAGAAAGCCACACAUGCGACUCGCCUGUCACAGUGGGUACAACUCGUUCACCAAAGUGAAAUGGCUUGCCAUCUAUAUUAACACUAUAAAUGUCACAUUAAGACUCUUGCAUGUGAUACAUAGGCACCAGUAAGAGUAUAUUAAUAUAUCCUUUCUCACUUUUUAUUUUCCACACCUCUGCACUCUUCUCUCUUUGGCAAAAUGAACAAGUUUUGGAGCUGGUCAUUCUGAAUGCAACUUUUUUUUUGGUUAUUAUUAUUUUGCAAAUUAAAUCAUCUGUAGCCUAACUGUAAAAUACCUAGUGGUUAUCCUGAAAGAGUUGUAAAAUAUUGCUUUAAUUAACCUUGUAAAUAUUCCAGAUAAAUGUUAUAUUCUUGUAUAUAAACUUUACAUCAUAGUUUACGCUUUGUCUCAUUUGUAAUCACUUCAGUCUGUUUUUGGGAGAACUGUGAGAAAGCUGUGCAAGUGGGCUUUGUCAUGGCAAAGACAGCUUAGGUCUUCCAACCUAACUGGGUGGUAACUGUGUGAGGAAGCCUCUAGUGCUAAAGUCAGAAAAAGAAACAAUAGCAAGACCUUAAUUCCCCAAAGAGGAACCCAUGAGAUAAAGGACUGAGGUUCAGUCAACUCACUUAAAAUAUAUAUCUGCUGAGCUCUACGAGAUGAGGAGAUUUUUGUGGCGCAUUUUUCAACUGCCUGCAUUUUCAUCUCAGAAGAGUGGUCUUUGCUGAUGGGGAAUUGUAAUGAGGCCACUUGCUUAAAAAUCAAAUCCAUUUAUCUAUUUCUUGCACUUCAAAAAGACAUUAAGGAGUGCAAGAGCAGACAGAAAAAUCUGACCUGCAGCUAUCAAUUCAGAAUAAUGGUAGGACAAGGUAUGCUUUGUGUGUACGUACCCUCACUAUUCUUACCAAGAAAGAAAAUAAAACCUGCCUGAUAAUGUAAA